UUACCAGUGGACUCAUAAGAAAUAUGUACAUAAAUGUUGAUGGACAAUCUAAAAAUCCACAGAGUUAAUGCGAUUGCGACCUUGGUCAGUGGAAAGUGUAUCGGGAUAAUGAAAACAGUUUAUGAAAUGUUUCAACUACUCCUAGUAGCUCUUUUUUGUUCUACAAUUUCUGCAGAUGAUGGGUCUAAGUGCAAAGUUGAAGUUAAAAUUUGGAAUACCAAAAUAUAUUGCCACAAUUUAAUAUUAAAUGAUACCGAGUUGACUUUAGAUGUACCAAAAAUUUCGAAUACUUCAAACCUGUAUCUGAACCUUGUCAAUUGUACGGGAAAAAUAGAUGAAACAUCACUCUCUAAUUUACGUGAAGUCACCUCAAUUUAUAUGGUAACCCAUUGGAAAUACUUGUGCAACAACGUCACAUGCGAGACAAUCACAAAUACAACAUGUGUACAAACUAACUCUGGGUACAAUUGCACUUGUCCAAAAACAACUACUGGGCCCAAUUGUGAAAUCAACUUGGUGAACGAAUUCGACAUUAGUCCCUCGCAGAAACACAUCGGAAAAAUUUGCGAAGUAUUUGAUCGAAGCGCACCAGAAGGCGUUGGAAAACCUGUGACACAGUUACAAGACUUCAACAAGACUUACACCAUGGUUUUAGAAAAGCAACGGCAAGAAUGUAUUCGAAAUAAAUGUCAUAUAAAAAGAGGUAACAUGCGCUGCGAUGAAGAAUGCAACACCUACGCUUGCGAUUUUGAUGGUUAUGACUGUUCUUUGGGUAUCAAUCCAUGGGCGAAUUGUACUGCACCCACCAAAUGUUGGGAAGUAUUUAUGGAUGGUCGCUGCAAUGAAGACUGCAACAAUCCUCAGUGUUUGUUUGAUGGACGAGACUGUGAGAAGAAACUGCAAGCUUGCAACCCGAUUUAUGAUGCUUACUGCAAAAAACAUUACGCCAACGGUUUCUGCGAUUAUGGCUGUAACAACGACGAGUGCAACUGGGACGGUUUGGAUUGCGAAAAAGAACCACCAGAACAAGCAGAUGGAGUUAUAACAAUGGUGAUUUUAAUGGACAUGGAGAGCUUUAAAAACAACUUGGGCACAUUCUUGAGAGACACAAGUCACCAAUUGCGCACCACCGUAAGAGUAAAGAAAGAUCAGCUAGGAAAUGACAUGAUUUAUCCGUGGAUGGGAUCAACACCAUCAGACAACCAACAGGAUGGUUACUUCCGAAAGAAACAACAUGUAGUCUACUCAGAACAAGCACAAACUGGAGUCAAAGUAUUUUUGGAGCUAGACAAUCGGAAAUGUGCAUCGCUGGUAAAGAAUUCGGACUUUUGCUUCCAAACAGCAAGUGCAGCUGCCGAAUUCUUAGCUGCCAAAGCUUCCAAACACAUGAUGCCCUCGUCUUUUCCGAUAUAUCAAGUAAACGGCACUCAAAUAAAUGCUCAAGCAAAUGCUGACAAGUUGUUGCUACAGAAUUCUGGCAGAUUGUAGUGUUACAAAAUUCUGACGCAUUAUUUUACUUAGUGCAAUAAAAUGAUAAUAAGUUAUUCCUAUAAUAUUCUAAAAAGUUGUAGAUUUUGUUAGUGCUUUGGAUUGCUACAUAAUGUCAUAAUGUACCGGGUGUCCCAAUAAGAAUGGCUCUCGGCCAUAUCUCAGGAGCCGUUUAUAGUAGAGCUUUGAAAUAAAAAAUUUUAUAACAAAAGUUGCCUCAGGAAAAGUCUGGAAAUUAUUUUCAUAAUUGUGGGUCCACCGCUAGAGGGCGUAAUUGAAUAUCAAAAAUAAAAAAAUCUAAAUUUUACAAAAUUUUCCUAAUGAAGGGGAACUGGAAAUACGAUUAUUGUAUUCUUCAUCAAAUUCUGCGCAUAUUUGAGUUAACAAGUUUAACUCUACCUUUGCAAAUAAGAGGUGGGGGUGAGUGGGAACCUUGUUAUAAAAAAAUGGCUGUAAGUCCGGUUCUGCUAAAUCAAAUUUUGAAAACUGGGUCUUGUUGAAGACAGAUCUUUUUCUUCAAUGUAAGCGUGAUAAUUCUGAACCAUCCUAAUAAGUAAUAAGCCAGCUGGGAGGCGUUAUUUAAUUUUUUUCAGAAAUCUAGUUUUCUUUGGAAAAUAUUAAAUACAAGUAUGCAUUUUUAAUCAUACUUUAUAAAAUUAGAUUAAAUUAGCAAUAGAAUAGCGAAAACCGCAUGUCGAUACCUUUUUUCUAUCUCAAGAUAUCUCGAGAAACGUGUAAAUUUUAUACAUAACUGUUACUAUCACCGGUAAACUAAAUUAAUGAAAAGUAGUGUGCUGUGGAAAAAAACAAAAUAACAUUUUCCAGAUGUCAACGUAUAAAAAUAUAAUUAAUUAAAACAACAAUAUAAAGAGAAACAAUACUAUUAAAAUUAAAUAUAACACAGAACAAAAAGAACUACUUAGUGACGACCUAAAUAUUCAAAUUGUUGCCCAUCAUACACUACUCUAGAAUACAUUAUCCAGAGAAUACUAAACGCCAUUCAAAGCAUAUCGAGAGCAGAAAUUGAGACUGCUGUUCAAUUUACUCUUGAAAGAGUAAAUGUUUGCAACGAAAAUGAUGGGCAAAAAUUUGAACGUUUAUGUCAUCACUAAAUAGUUGUUUUUAUUUCUUUGUAAUAGGGCUUUUCAAUGCUUCUGAUUUGUUUCGAGCCUCUGUCAUAUGCCGUAUAAUCCGUGUAUAAUAUUAAUAUACGAGAUAUGAACGAGGCUCGAAACAAAUGAGAAGCGUUGAAAAGACCUAAUAUACGUUGACAGCUGGAAAAUGUUCCUUUGUUGUUUCCAUAGCACACUACUUUUAAUGAAUUUCGUUUACCGGUGACAGUAACAGUUAUGUUUUUAAAUUUACACGUUUUGUAAGAUAUCUCGAGAUAGAAAAAAUGUAUUAACAUGCGGUUUUCGCUAUUCUGUUGCUAAUUUUGUCUAAUUUUGUAAUAUGGUAUUAAAAAUGCAUGUUUGUAUUUAAUAUUUUCCAAGGAACACUAGAUUUCUGAAAAAAAUUAAAUAACGCCUUCUAGCUGGCAUAUUACUCAGUAAGUUGGUUCGAAAUCAUAACUUUUACAUUGACGAAAAAGAUCUGUCUUCAACAAGACCAAGUUUGUAAAAUUUGAUUAAGCAGAACCGGACUCACAGCCAGUUUUUCAUAAUAAGGUUCCCACUCACCCCCACCUCUUAUUUCCAAAGGUAGACCUAAACUUGUCAAAUCAAAUAUGCGUAGAAUUUUAUGAAGAAUACGACGAUCGGAUUUCCAGUGCCCCUUCAUUAGGAAAAUUUUGUAAAAUUUAGAUUUUUUAAUUUUUGAUAUUCAAUUACGCCCUCUAGCGGUGGUCCCACAAUUAUGAAAAUAAUUUCCAGGCAUUUCCUGAGGCAACUUUUGUUAUAAAUUUUUUUAUUUCAAAGCUCUACUAUAAACGGUUCCUGAGAUAUGGCCGAGAGCCAUUCUUAUUGGGACACCCGGUACAUAAUGUCAACAGAUAGCUGUAAAGUACUUACAGAGUAUAAUUUUAAUCAAUGCUACACAGCACAGAGUUUGUUUUACUUCUUAUAUUAUUAAUGCUACAAAAUGAACUGUUUCUGUUUCUAUUCAUUACUAUAAAUUACUAGCUAAUUCUCGUAGAUUCUAGUUGUUAUGAAGUUACUGAUUUAUAUUUUUAACACUUAUAUUUAAAUAAAAACACUACUUAAGUUA